UAACGAACCACUUAGCGAAGGAGAACUUACCAAAAAAUACCCCAAACGAGCAGAAUUAUUAAAAGCCUUAGGAAUAAAUAUCUUAAAAGAUCAUUCAAACUCUCUCACAAAUAAUGAAGAAAUGGCAUCAGCUGAAGUUCAGGACGUAGAUAUGUCAGAGGCAGUGAAAGAUGAAG